GGUUAAUAGUAAAUAUAGCAAUUGAUGGGUUAUGUGCUGCUUCUGCUGUCAAACUGUUUCUCUUGCAGGCUGCUGCUUCUGCUAUCUCCACUGCAUACAAAGGCGGAGGCGGUGGUUUGGCUUUUGUAGUAAGUUCCAGUCACUAACAAGAACCCACUCGUUGGAACUUCAAUGAAAGUUGCAAUUUUUCCAGCUGUUUAAAGAAAAAAAUUUAUGGGAGGAAUAGAAAGAGCAAAUCAUCUUUAGCUUUUGUGCUAACUAGCUGGUAGCUGUGGCUAAGAAAGAAAGAAGGAAAUAAAGCUAUAAAGCAGAGGCCUUUUCUUUAAGUUGUUUUGCCUUUUUUUUUUUAAAUAGUUAGAAAGAGAGAAAGGAUUGAAGAGGAAUCUUGUCACCAACCCACCAGGGGAAAAAAGUGAGAAAGAAAGAAGAAGAAAGAUGGAUGGCUAUGAAGCAACAAAGGUGGUUUUUCAAAGGAUUCAAAGUCUUGACCCAGAAAAUGCAUCUAAGAUUAUGGGGCUUCUCCUCAUCCAAGACCAUGGAGAGAAAGAGAUGAUUCGCUUAGCUUUUGGUUCAGAGUCUUUGCUUCAGUCAGUGAUAGUGAAGACUAAGGUUGACCUUGGCCUUUCCCCUCCUAAUAACUCUCCUUCCACCCCAUCAUCUCCUUCCCCUUUCAGAAACUCCAUUUCUGCCCCAUUUUCCAGACAGAACUCAUCUGUUUCGGCUUCUUCCGGUAGGCUUCCUUCCCCGCUAAGCAUAAACACCCAGUCUUCCACUUCAUCUUCCUGGGCCACUUCGAGCCCCACCGCGAAUGCUUUCUCCUCCGCCUCCUUAUCUUCGUCUAUGAACUCUUCCGCGCCACCCUUUUACGGCGGCGGAGAAGUGGAUUUGAUCGACGAGUUUCAGCUGCAGGACCAGCUUUCAUUCCUUAACGACGGUUCGCCGACUUUGGGCCGGACAAAAAGCUCAGACAUUUUCUACCCCCAUCAUGAUUUGGGCCCAAAUGGUCAUGAUUCUCCACACUUCUCUUCUUACGGCGGCUGGGGCGGCGGCGGGUCGGUCAACGGCGUACCUCACCGGAGAAGCUGCUCGGUGAAUGAUAUCUGUUUGGGUUCGGACGAACUGAACGGCGGGUUUGGGUGGAAGCCUUGCCUGUACUACGCAAGAGGGUACUGCAAGAACGGAACCAGCUGCCGGUUUGUUCAUGGUGAGGCGGGGUCGGACGUCGGCGGAGGAAUGCUGGGAUCCCCGAGUAAGUUCGAGAUGAUGGAGCAAUGUCACGAGCUUCUCAGAUCCAAGUCUUCGUCUCACCAGCAAAGAGUAGCUGUUGCUUCCCAACUUAUGGCUUCUUCUAACUUCCCGUACUCGCCCGUUUCUGCCAGCAAAUGUAUGAACUUCCUUCUCCAGCAACAGCAAGCUGAGAGUCCAAGAGGAGCAGCAGCAUUAAUGAUGGGGGAUGAUUUGAAUAAGUUUAGCCGAGCACGGUUGGAAAGAGGCGAUUUUGGAAUGAAUUUUGGAGCUAACAAUUCCAGUUCAAGGCAAAUUUAUUUGACAUUUCCAGCUGACAGUACAUUCAAGGAAGAAGAUGUGUCUAACUAUUUUAGCAAUUAUGGACCAGUGCAAGAUGUUAGGAUACCAUACCAGCAGAAGAGGAUGUUUGGAUUUGUGACCUUCAUUUAUCCAGAGACUGUUAAAGUCAUUCUGGCCAAAGGUAACCCCCAUUUUGUAUGUGAUGCUCGGGUUCUUGUGAAACCAUACAAAGAGAAAGGAAAAGUACCAGAAAAAUUCAGGAAGAACCAACAGUCCGAGAUGGAGCGGGGAGAGUUUAGCCCCACGGGACUAGACUCCCGAGAUCCUUUUGACCUCCAGCUUGGGGCAAGGAUGCUUUACAACUCUCAGGACAUGUUAUGGAGGAGAAAAUGUGAGGAGCAAGCAGAUUUGCAGCAAGCCAUUGAGCUGCACAGUAGGAGGCUGAUGAAUCUACAGCUUCUUGAUGUGAGGAGGAAUCAUCACCGUGCGUUUUCCACCGGAGCGGUUGUCUCAUCUCCAGUUCACUCCCCAGGAUUUACCACUGGUCAGAAUGUCAUUUUCCCACCUGGUCAAGACUGCAUCAAAGAGAAUGGGUAUGCUUCUAAAAUGGUAAAUCAAGUCACUGAAAAGGAGGUGCAGCAAAGUGAAAAUGUCACCGAAGUGGAGAAAGAAAUGACCAAUGUUAGCAAUGAAAAGAGUACUGACAAAGACAACAAGAGUGAAAAACAUUCACCUGAAAGCGCGGAACAUUCGCUCCCGGAUAAUCCGUUUUCAUCUCCAAAAGCUAGCAGGGAAACAAUGCCUGGUUUCUUAAAUGACUUUGGAGAAGCUGAGAAACCACCAUCUUCUGGUAACAGUAAUAAUAUGAUCUCCUCACCCUUGUUUCCAGCCUCUGCUGCUUCACUGGACCUCUCACCAUUGAAAUCAUGUUACCUUGAAGUUGCCAGGUUCUCUUCAGGACCAGGUGCCAUUGGAAUGUAAAACCAGCCUGUGACACAAUUAGGCUUCCUUAGUUUAGGAAGUAAGAAGAGAGGAGUUUGUACAAGUGUAACCACAACCACCACCACCAUCUUGUGACUAAGUAACAGCACCAGUCAACACACAUAUUACUAUCAAUACAAAAUUGCAUACAUAAAAGAAGUUAAAAGAAGUGGGACCCAGCCAUUUUCUCCUGUUUUCUUGUCUUGUAUUCUCUUGUCACUUUCACCAUCUCUAUGUAGCUGACUGAGGCCUUUGGCUGGACCACAUGUAGUAGUAAAGGGAAAAUAUAUAUAUUAUAAAUAGUAAUAGGUGAAAACUAUUAAGUAAAAAGAAUUCAGGGAGGGGCAAGAAAAAAAAAAACUCUUGUUUGUUGUCCUUGGAGUAUAAUUAUCUCCCCCUUGUCUCAACCAAUGUAUAAUCAAGAAGAUUCAAAUGUAACAAGUUUUAGUUUAUGUACUUGUUAGAGAGGGGGGUACAUGUACAGUGAGGAGAAGAUAGUGAAGAUGAAAGGCAGAUUUUGUGUGCCUAAGAGGGGGAUAAUGUAAUUCUAUUUGCCUGUUUAAAGGACAAGUUAAAGGUAAUUAAUAUAUUACUAAUGUUAAUGUGUGUCUGGCUCACUACAAUUUUGGUUUUCUACUAAUUCUACAUUGAUAAUGAUAAUGUUAA